AAAACAUGCACUAAUAUAUGUGUAAAGUAUACACACAGUAUAUCGCAGGGGGAAUUAUGAAUCGGAUCAGUACUCUGUCCUCGCCAAGCUUUUCACUGUGAAUGAGUCAGUUAAAUAUGGACACCAUGCACCGUAUAUUCCAUGACAUCUUUGUACCGUUAGAAGAGCAAGUUUAGACAAAGUAUAAUUUCAACAUCCAUACAUCCAACAUUCCUCUGCGGGCAUCAUACAUAAACUUGGCUCAUGGCAAUUGGUGCUGAACGUUCCAUAAGUGUGACUGUAUGUUCUUGCCAUUUACUGUAUGAACACAAAUGCAUCAUGUCAACGUGGCUGUGGCUUUUGUUAUGAAACAGCUUUUUAUUGAUGUAUUUGGCACAACUGUGUUGGUCUAUUGAGAAAAGUUGGAAAACACCUCUUCAAUGUGGUGACCAAUCUGUAAAAACCCCUUCUUCCUGCAAACACCUCUUUACUGUUCUUUCUGAACAUUUAAAACGUUGAUGGAAGAGUUUGAUGCCAUAAAAGUUCAGUUUGAAAUAACUUGGCAUCCCUCCUUAUGUUGACAAAAGGAGGAAAUAACAAACUUAUUAAAUCUUUUUCAAAGGCUUGUUAUUUGAAUGUCAGUUGGAGCAGUGUGCAGUGUACUUUGCACCAUGCGCAUGCUGAUAAAAUAUAUCUGGGAGAGAGAUCUCAUCAACCAGACGCUUCAGAUUUGAUGAAACCCAGUCUGAGCCUGCAGGAACAAAGGGAAGAUGACUCAGUCUGUGUGUAAUACAGGUCUAGUGAGCGUCAUUAGCAGGUUUUUUCCCACCACUUCCUUUGACUCAGUGUCACAGUAGUUCCUUUUACUGAACCUUGGGAUCAGAUUGUAUUCAUGCAGUGAGAUUUGGUCUUGGUUCAGUUGGGUGCCUGAGCUAUAAAACCAGUUUAAUCUGGGUGACGACUCAGCACUGAGCUGACUCAUGUUGGGAAUGCCUGAGUUGCUGAAGAGGCAGAUCAGUUUGACAGCACCUACGGGAAGACAUCACUGCUGAGACACUUAUACUUUUUGUCAGUUGCUGACUUCUUUGUUUUUUGAGGAAUACUGUACAUUUUAAGGAAGCUGUAGUUGCUCAAUGUAUUUUAUGUGUCGUCUUUGUUUUCUAUUUUCUUUUAGUAAUGCAGAUUCUUAAGCGAGUUGGGAUUUCAGUGUUGAUCAUCCUGUGGUGAUGGUCACGUACCAGUCUAUUAGGAGAGCCUGUAUAAAGAACUUCACAUCUGAAUGUACAUUUCUUGGUGAACUUGUGAAAACUCCAAAACAAGACUAAGUCUACAGCCAUAGCAGCUCAGUGCGGCUGUACUUGAGCUGCAUUCCAGAUAACUCACAGGUCACAAUUUUCAGACUUCCAAGUGCUGCAGGCAGAGUUGAUCCCAUACCCACUAUCAGAAAUCCGAUCAGUACUGCACAUGUGCAAGCUAGUACUACAACACGUGUGCUUAACACUCGUAUGUACCCUAUUUCCUCCCUGUUAAUGCUACAAUGUGACAACGAAUCUGUUGAAAUCAGUAGGAGAGUUAUCUAGCUGUUAGCUGUUAGCAGUUAGCUGUUUGCUUGGCCAAAUAACGGAGCUAACAGCUCACGUUAUAUCGCAGGGGGAAUUAUGAACUUCUUUUGUUUUCAGCUCGGUACACUGUAUUGGCUGAACCGGUAUCGGAAAGAAGAAAUGGUGUGCAACAUCUUUAGUUCUCGAUGCCGAACAAAAACGGUGAAAAACUGAUGUUACUUUGGCAAGUGUUCACAAAACUGAUCUCUCAGCAGUGCAGCCUCCACAUUUUGAUAACUUUUUUGCAGAGAAGAUAACUUCCAGAGAUGGUUUUCUGUAACCAGCUCCCUAAUAACAUGGUGACAUUUUUGUGUAGCGUCAGACAACUGCUUCUUUGUGAAGUCUGGGUUCAUAGAUUUUUCCCAGAUGUCCCAAGCAGGAAGGCUGAGUUAGAGGUUUUCCAUUCGACUGUUUCGAGUAGGAGGUUGGACAUUUUUCUAGUUACGUGAUUUCUGGAACGCAGCAUUGAACACAGUAUUAUGCUAACGUCAGUAAAUUAAGGCUCUCAUGAAAAUGCUAACAUGAUGGCGAUGUUUAGCAGCUAUAAUAUCAUUUAUAUUCACUAGUUUCAUUUGUAUUAUUCCGUCAGAACAUACCACAAGGAAGUGCAGUCUCAUCUUUGGCACAGCACCUUCACCUUAGAGUGCUUUCAUCAUCAUGAUCAUCAUCAUGAUCAUCUUCAUCAUCACUAUGAUUAGCUUUGUCUCCAUUCAGAGCAAUGUAAUACCCUUCUUUGGAUCCAAGUGGUCAAUCCUAUAAAUGCCUCUUCACUCCAAACCACAUCAGUGUUUCUGUAUUCAUCGCUAAUAUUGUUAUUUUUUAUUUGAGACAUUCCUCGUAUGUCAGGAUGAUCACCUGAGAAAGAAAGAAAGAAAGAAAGACAAAGGAAGGGAUGCAGCCCCAAAAAGCCAUAUUUUGUUCAGUUUGCAGACGUUUCAGUGAAGGUAAAGACUAUAAGUAAUGUAUGUCUGUGGGCUAUAACCCAGGGUGCCUUUUAACACCUCAAGUAUCCACCAUCAUAAAACGACAGUGUGACGUUCCGUAAUAUUUCAAACAUAAUCAAAUCCAUUGCACCAUUGGUAUAUUUACUUAAACAAAAGAAAGGACACACAAAUGACAUUUAAUGGUUUGAAAUGGCUGACAGACCAGACGCUUUCUGUGGCCCUGUUAUUAGCCUGCUCCCUGUGAUCCAGGUACAUCUUUUGGGCUUUUUUGUCACAACAUCCUGCUGAUUACUCCUAUGACGUCAUAUAGCGCAGGGAGAAUUGUUGAACAUGUUAUUGUGGAGCUUUGAGAUGCGAUAAAAUGAGUCAUAGUAAUUCCAUCUCCUAUUAGUAUGUUUGAUGAAAGUGAUUCAAUGCAUGUUUUCAUAGUUACAGAUGAAAAGAGUUGUUUGCUGCAGAGUAGACAGCUAUGUAUGACCUAAGAAUUUUGAAAUUCAUUUUUUUGUUUUAUCUUGUGGUUAUUUUAAACCAAACUUCCUUUGUUAAUAUUGUGUUUUUUGUCAUUGUUCAACUCCAGACCUGCAGGUUAUAGCGGCAGUGACCUAAGUUAAGAAUGUUUUGUUCAGCCCAGUUAGGACUGUUUUCCUGCUCUGAGAGGCUUUAUAAAAAGAGGGGGCCUGGUGUGUCUGAGACAUUAAAGAAGACCCUGUUUUGCAUGGAGCCACCUUGCUGCUCUUGUUGGGACAGGAGCACUCACACAUAAUUAACAGGUGGUCCCCACUGCAGCUGUAUCAGUAGCUGCACAUCUCAGAGACGGGCUGACUCGCUGCACUCCUUCCUGUCAAACAUGAAGAUGCUCUGGCUGAGUCUUCUGACUCUCAUGACGCCCCGCCAGACUCUUGUCACGGCCUUGCCUCUACGUAGCUCAGGAUGGCCCGCAGGACACCACGCUGGACCAUCUGAGGCUGACCAGGAGUUUGCAGAGGUAUUCAUCAGUUUAGACAUGGUUUACAGGUCUCUGUGCUGGGAUAGUGUUGUUUUAUUUAUGGGAGUAUUAUAGCCUCACUACCUUGACCUGAGUGGAGCUUUGCUCAGGUGUGGGUGUGAUUUGUUGGUUCAGCUAAAUGCUGGAUUUGCCUAAAAGCUUCUUAAAUGACGUCUCUGUUGGUCCACUGAUAGGACCUGUGUUAAUACUAUAUAAGGCAGAAUAUCCUUUUCCACUGGUCCACAAAUUUAUGGCAACAUAUGUUUAUGUGGCGAUAUACGUUAACAUUUAACAGAAAAGUUGAAAGAACGUAAACUAUUUCAUUUGUAGGGAGGUAUUGAUUUUUUGCCUUUUUUCUUUUAAUUUAAUAAUUUUCUUCCAUUUUUACCAAAACUUAUAUUAAAUCAAUCCUUGUGAAAGUCCCCAUCUAAAGUAGGAAAAACUCAUACUACCAUACAUAUGUUAUUAAUGAGUUUAUAUAUGCUGUUUAGUGAGAGCUGCUCAUACCCACAAUCAAGCACUAAAAUGAGAACAGCAUAUUACUUCUGAAUCUAAAUGUCUUGAUAAAUAUGUGUCUUUGUGUUGGAGGUGUCUACAGCUGCACUGUGUUUAACCCUCUAACAUCUCCAGUAAUCACUUCUUUGGGCUCUUUAUGAUGAAGAGAUAACAGGAAAGGUUUUGAUGUUGUAACUUAAUUAGAUCAUUUAACUGAAGUUCAGUUUGAUGCAUUGAUAACGUGUCUGCCACUUGGCUCCACUGUCAGUCUGACUAGACUCACUUCUCAAGAAGGCAGUACAACAAAGCCAGCUGUUAUCUUGUGGCGACAGGUUAUGGAGUCAGGAGAUAAUAUGUGAGCAACCACAGCCACUACAGAGUCACCUGCCAAGUCAGAUAUAUUUCAUGGCUGCCAACCCAGUGUUGCUUUGAUGUUGGAAAGAUCUUGAUCUCAAUUUUUAAAAUAAUUUUCUGAUAAAUCCCAAUAAUGGCUUUAUUGCCUGAGAUCACGCAUUUGGAUUUUUGUAGUAUUUUAUGUAUUCAAUUAAAUACUAAAUCAUGUUUCAGUCAAUUUUGUUUCUAGAUGCUGUUUCAAAGCAUUCUGCACAAUUCCAGGAAUAAUGUACUAAAGUGUUACUGACACCUUAAUUGAUCUGGGUAUUACAAUUCAACACGUUCUGAAAUGUUCCCCGUAGCAUCAAGCAUUGGUUUCAUAUUUGAUAAAUUGUGUUAAAUGAAAAAAAAGGUCAAAUAUAUUUGUAUAUUCCCAAACUAAGGUAUCAUGUGACGAUACCGAAUGCUAGUUCAGGGUUGAUUAUAAAUGCAGUCAAUUGAUGCAAUAAAUUCCACAGUGCUGUUAUAUUGAGCUGAGUUCUCCUGCUUCUAGAGCAGUGCCUACAUGUACCAGGAUGCACUGCGUUCAAGCAUCUGACACCCGGAGGGUCCCUGCCGGCUAAACCUUCUUGCACGGAUAAUACACUUGCAGCCUCUGCCUCUCUUGAUCUGGCUCCAAUAGAUACGGCUGAAUAUCUGAGUCAGUCAAAGCUCUGUAGCGUGUAUCUUCCAGAACAUUCUCUGACCUCAUAUUUAUGAAUACUAUAGUUUCAAAUACAAUCAAAGAGAACAAUGAAGUUAUAUUUCAGAGCGGGAUCUAGGGCGCAUCGCCCCCUUGCUACCCAGAGGCAGAGACGAGACAUCUAAGACUGAAACAGCCUGAAGUUCUUCCUCGCCUCCAGCUGCGUCACUGUCACGCCAAAUGACGGAUCUGGAUGCGGGAAGAACCACAGGUUUAGUUUCAAUUGACUUCAUUUACCAUCAACACUGAAACACAUAACACAUAAAAACAUAGAAGGUGGCAGCUCUUCCCUUUUAUACUGAUUCAUUGCUUAAGCAAAAUGAUUCUAAUUAUAUACAGUGUUUUGUCUGAAAAAUGGUAUCAGCUUUAAAGAGAAGGAUUCAUCCGUAUGUGGACAGAUGCUGGCGUCAUUCACAUCACAUUAUAGGUGAUUUAGUAAAUAUCUCACGGAGAUAAGUGUACACAUUUCUAUAGACCUGCAGUGAUGAGUCAGACACUAUGCCAGCAACAGAAAACUACAAUUACAUGACAUACUGACAAUUGUAUGUAUGUUUAAAAUUACAGUACAGCAAUAUUUGUACUGUCAUUAAAGGUUUCAGAAAAUGUUUGGAAUGUUUACUGUAAAAACUGUAAGACAAGGUAAGGCAAGUCUUUGUAGAGCACCUUUCAACAACAAGGCAAUUCAAAGUGCUUUACAGAACACAUAAAGGCACAUAUAUAAAUAUAAGGAAAAUAUAUAAAAGACAAGGCAAUCUAAAACGGGGAAAUAGCACAUAAAAAAGAGUAAAAUACAAUAAAAGAUACAAAUAAACUGUAAUAAAAUAAGACUGAUCAAACCAUAGAAUAACUUUUACAGAUAUAAACAAAAAGCCAGUGUAAAGAAGUGAAGUGAUCCACUUUCCAGGUCUCAGUGAGGACUCUAGCAGCAGUGCUCUGAAUCAGCUGCUGUCUGAUCUGAGACCUGUGGAGACAGCAUUACAGUAGUCUGGUCGGGUCUACUUUUCUAAAUGCAGCAGGAACAAAAGUCCUUUAACACUUAAUACAUUCUUGAAUAGAUAGUUGGCUGUUUCUAAAAUAUUGAUCUUUAAAUGUAGGUCCGUGACAAUACCAGGAUAUCUGGCCUGGUUUGUGGACUUAGACGUUAUAUUUAUAUUUAUAUAUUUGUCUUACUCAUUAGCUAGCAUGACAUUUAGAGGCGGACAACAAUCAAUUGUCAAUUGUUUUCAGCAUGUAGUUGUUUUUACUCUGCGUCACAGAUAGAUUGUCAAACCCUGUUGGCCCAAAAAGAAGAAAACAUUUAAUUAGACACAAUGUCUAGAAUGUGAUUGGUGUACAUCUUCUUAGCGUAUAUUCAUUACCUUUAAUUGACUGCAGCAAUGCAGCCUUUCGCAUACCGACUGAAUGAUCUUUUUCAGGAAUAUCUUCAGCACUUCUAUGGCUACAAGCCCAGGUCAGACAGACAGAGGAGGACUGCAGACACAGAUGUAAAUGCUGAUUGGAGGACAGGACUCUGUGAUGAGAUCCAGAGGAUGCAGCGCUUCUUUGGUUUGCCUCCGACUGGAGAGCUGACCAAUGAGACUCUGGCAGUUAUGAAGAGGCCGCGCUGUGGUCUGUCAGACGUGGAGCCAUUCGGAGAGAGAAUCCGCUGGAAAAAGAGCUCCCUCAGCUACAUGAUUGCUGGCUACAACCUAUCCAUCCCAACCUCAAAGAUUCACAAAAUCUUCAGGGCGGCGUGGAAGCUCUGGUCCAACGUUACACCAAUGAAAUUUCGCAAGCGGAGCAGGAAAGAGGCUGACAUCGUCAUCUCCUUCCACACUGGCGACCAUGAAGACGGCUCAUCUUUUGAUGGCACAGGAGGAAUCCUGGCUCACGCCUUCCUGCCUGGGUUUGGUAUCGGUGGAGACGUGCACUUUGAUGCUGAUGAGGAGCUUCAAUUCUACUGUGCUAACAGCACUAACAGUUUCAACCUAUUGGCUGUAGCGGUCCAUGAAUUUGGCCAUGCACUUGGCCUGUCCCACUCUUCUGAUCCCGGCGCUAUCAUGUAUCCAGCAUACAGCUUUGCCCCCAAUUAUGAACUUCAGCUCUCCUUCAGGGAUGUCAAAGACAUCCAACACCUUUAUGGUAUCAGUUCCAAUUUUGCUUCACUAUCUUCAAAAAAUCCUCCUCCAAGAACACCUGACAAAUGUGAUCCAGACUUGUCCUUUGAUGCUGUAACAGAAUUACAACAAGAGGUCCUGUUCUUUAAAGACAGAUUUAUGUGGCGCAAACACCCUCAGUUUGAUGAAACAAGAAUCACCCUGAUUAGCAGUCUGUGGCCAGACAGUGUUCCUCCAAACGUGGAUGCUGUCUAUCAGAAUGUGGAGAGCAAUGUUAAGUUCUUUUUCAAAGGUCAUCAAUACUGGGUGCUGAGGCAGUUAAGACUUGAGGAGGGUUUUCCAAGAAACGUAUCGGACUUUGGCUUCCCCUCCGGAAUAAAAUCUGUAGAUGCUGCUCUUUACUUCAGAAAUGACCACUACACUGUGUUCUUCACUGGAAACCAAUGUUGGAGGUACAAUGAGCAGCAGAUGACGAUGGAAGGAUCAGCGACACUUAUAGAGCAGCAAUGGCCAGGGAUUCCAACUCCUAUAGAUGCCACUGUCUUCUAUGAGGGACUUGUUCUCUUCUUCAAGGGAAACAUCCAUAAAUUUGACCCCAGCUCCAAACACGUUGUGUCCACCACCCCCACUAAUGAGCUGCUGGAAUGCAAGAAGAGUGACGAUGAAAUACUGACAGAGAGGAGAUAAUUGAAGGAAAGGUGCUCCAUGAAGCGUGAUGACAGUGGUGCUGUGAUACCUGCAUAUCUUCUAAAGAUACUCAACUAUAUAUGAAAUGUAUUUCUGUAGUUCUACCUUCGCAUCCCUGGGAAAAUGAUCCAUUAUACAUAUCUCUAUAAAACAUGAAUUUGUGCUUGUUUAUUCAUCCUCUGAGUGUCUGCAUUCAAUGGUGUUGAUCAAUUUACUUGAGACAUAAAUUGCAAGUAACACUACUGCUUUUUCUGUGUCCACUAUUGGGUAACAGUGACCAACAUGUAGCUUUCCACUAACACUGAUGUACAAAGUCAUAGAUUUUCACAGACACAUCUGGAUGGAAAAUAACCACCUUUAGUUGACUCACACAGUGCCUCCAUGUAGUACCACGCCCAUUAAUAUGUAAAAUAAUAAACUAACUUUAAUGUUCUCAGUAGGAAAGGAUUAAACCCAGAGUAUUGAAUUACUUAUUGUAUUUCCGGAUCUCUCAGAACUUUUCAUUUGGAAUGUAGGGUGACAGGGCUUGAGUUCAUAAUGACAUGACACAACAUGUCAGAAGCAACAACAGCUUGCGGGCCGGAGAAGAGUUUGUAAGUCAAAGCUCCGAGCACUCAGAAACACCAGCACAAAAUGCUAAAACACAUAGACAUGAUGGGAAGCACUGCUGUAAAUCUUCUCAGAGGAGAUACUUGAAAUGCAUUCAUGACUUUGACUUUGAGAAGUAAAAAGUUGUUGGCACCCUAAACAUCAUUCAUUUGACAUUUAAUGACCUGAUGUUUAAUGUAAUUGAUAACAUGUUCAUUCAGAGUCAUCCUUCUGGUCCCGUAUGUUGUUUGUCUAUUCUUUCUUUUUUAUUUGAAUAACUACAUUACUGAUUUUAAUUAAAUUUGCUGGAAAAUCUUUAGAUAACACCAUCUUCCCCAUCGUGCGCAUCUUAAUCAAUUUGCAAAUUCAGACAUUUCUUUUUGUCAAGGUCAGCAAAACAUCAUCAACUCCAUUUGUUCUGGAGCGUUCACACAUAUCAAACAAGCUUCUUCAGCAAAUGCUAUUCUGGCAGUUUUAAAGGAUUUGUUAACAUUGCAAGAUAAGACAUAUUUCUGCCCAAAUGUAAUAUGAACUAUUACUAUUUGAGGCCGAUCU